GAAGCCUUACAGUUUGCUACCUGUUCUAGUAAAUUUUGAGCCAUUGUUACCUUGACUGAGCUUGCUGUUUCUGAGUUUCUGGAUUUGCCCUUGUCUUGGUCCGUUGUGGAUUACUGUGUAUAGUUGCCUGUGGUAUCAUGCUGAUUCUUGGAAUUGUGAGUUGGCCUGUGUUUACCAGUGGCUGUUUUGUGUGUGAUCUGGAUAUUCACAAUGAUUGGAUUUGCAACUUUCUUGCUAAUAAAUGUCUUGCACAUGGAUCCUAACUACCCUCUUGAGUGUUGUUCAUUAUACUGGAGCUGUGAGGCGGUAACGAUGUUGGCUGCCCCACUGUCCUGCCCAGUCUGAUUUCUGAAAAUGUCUUGAUGAUUUCUUGAUGAACUGAACUGAUGUGCUGUUCUAUGUGGGUGAAUUCAUGCUUGGGGUGCCAACUCUUAAAAAAACAAAUUACCUUAAAGAGAAAAUAUCAUUUUUCAAUAUUGAACCUAAGAAAACAUGCACUUAACCAUUUGCUGAUACUGGCUACAAUUUGCUCUGAAAGUAAUUUGAGAAUUUUCUUCAGGAAUUUAUGUAACUUCCAGCUGUGAUUUGUGGUAAUGCUCAAAAUAUUUAUGAAGGAAUGUUGCUGGACAUGACGAAAAUAGAUUUUUCAUAAUCUGUAAUGCAUGACUCAUGGACAUAGAUGUUUAAGCAUAUGAAGUUAAAUGAAUUCACAAUGAAUGAAUUUUAACAUAGUAAGUUUUUUUAAGUAUUUUAACUACACAGGUAACGUGUUAUUUCAAGGUGAAGUUGGCUGGAACACGCUGUAGACAUGCACAUAGGUUGUUCUGCAAAAGGACUUUAACUAUGUUUAAAAUGUCUUUUACCUUUACUUUAUGUACAUAUUUGUAAAUUUUAUAUCAGUGACACAAAAAUGGCACCACAAUAAUGAAGUUGCACAAGUAGUAUUUAUUUAAAACUCUAGUUAGGAUUUCCUUGAUAUCGGAAAUAUGUAAUGGAAGUAUAUUCUUCAAACGUAGACUUUGAAUCUCAAGCUCAGUAUGUUAGAUCAGGGAUCACUGGCUUAAUAAAGGCAAGUAAAUAAGAUCAUGAGUGAAUCAACAUGUUGGGGGCGUCAGUGUUUACAUUAGGACUGUUCCACAGAGUGACACACUAUUACAUAUUGUUGUGUAAAGAGAGAGAAACAGCUGGUCUUUCACAAUUUAUGAAACGACUAUGUGACUGGAAUGUUUAGCCAUGAUAUGUCUUGUAAAUAUUCGUCCUGGGGACAUGAUGCGGGAUUUCAAGAACACAAACAUUCAUCAGAUUUCACUUAUCCACUUUUAAAGAUGUUGCGCCACUUUUGAAGGUAAAAGCACUGAAUGGUAUGAUGAAAGUUGAAAAGCAUCAAUAUUUGCUUGCAAAAUCGAAAUGUUGGAAAGAAUUUCUAUGGGUUAAUCCAGAAAUUCACUCCAUUGUAAUUUUUUAUAAUUAGCAACAAACUAAAAAGGAAGAAUUCUCAAAAAUUCAGAAUACUGUCAUACUUUGUAAAAGCUUGAUUAAAAAUAAUGCAAUAAGUGCAUAUACCAGGUCUCACAGACUACACUAACACAAUUGUAAGUGUGUAUUGCUGUGAUUGUGUGUGUUAGGGCUGAUGUGUUUGAGGUAAGGUUGGGGGUGUUGUCCCCUUCCACAUCUCUGCUCUGGGACAUCACAUCAGGAAAGCCUGAAGUGAUUCAUUGAUGAGUCAACAGCUAUGAGCUAUAAAGCCACAGCACUGAUGGAGCCUAAGCAUGACACAGCUCACUCACCUAAAGGUGUUGCUCUACUCUCAAGGCACAAAACCACUCACACCCAAAGAAGGCGUUAUGGCUGUGUACCCUGCACUUUUUUGCUCCUGUGUAGUGACGGUGUUCACACUCGCCCAUGGCCGUGGUCUUCCUACAGACAGCAUGAAAAACUCUGUCAGACUACAAGUCGAGAACAUCAUCUCCAGAAUCCAGAAACACAAAGAUGAGUUCCAAAUACUCCAUAAAAUGAUCCUGGAUAGUCCCGAGCUCCUGCCUGAGCUGCAGUCCGAUAAGCCCAUCGAGGGUCUGAGCUCCAUGGUGGAGACACUGAACAACUUCCAGCGAGUUCUCCACAGCCUGCCCAAGGGUCACAUGAGCCAACUGCACAGUGAUGUAAGCACACUGCAGCACUACCUGGAAGACAGGAUGAGCUCACUGCAGUGUACACGCAGGAAAACAGGCACAGAGAAGAACCUGGAGGCCUUCCUGAAAAACCACAGCAUGUACUACAUCACCCUGGGUCACGUGGCUCUGGACAGACUGCAGAAAUACUUACAGAGACUCAACCACAAUCUAGACCAGCUGAGAACGUGCUGAAACAAAUGAUCCCUGUGCCGCUUUUUAUUAUUGUAUUUUUGUUAUAUUUAUUUAUAUGAAUGUAUUUAUGGACCAAAUAACUAUUUCCUAUUUUAUAUAUUUUUGUCUAAUAUGUUUUAAGGAGUUUAAUGAAUGCAUUUGGGAACCAGACAAGACAUUCCCAUCGGGCUUCACGUUCACACAUGCAUGCACACAGACACACACGUUAUACAUGCUGACAUCACCACCAGCCAAGUAUUCUCAGUGAUGUCGCAGUGUUACCGGAAGACUCCUGACUGAUGGUGCUGGGAAGCACAAAUCCUCUUGCCCUCUUCUGACCACCAGCAGACAAUCACUAUGGAUAUGAAUGCACUAUGAUCUUAUGUAUACUGUCAAUAGCUUCAUUUGUGUGAUAUUUGCAUCUGUAAAUUAUGUUAGGCAUUUAUUUCUUAUAUAUUCAUAAGUUCACUGAAAUAAAAAGCACAGUUCUCUAAGCCA